CGGGCUGAGCGCGGCCUGUGGCUGCGAGGCCCUGCCGGAGCUGGGCUGCCGGACGGGGGCUGUUGCUGCGGUUCGUGGGUUUCGGCGAGGCCUGGGCAGGCCCGCGGCGGUGUUUUGCUGAUCCCCGGGCGGCCGGGGCUGCUGCUCGCCCCACUUUGCGCCGAGACCUCCGGCCGGGCGGCUGCGGGGCCGGCCCGGGUCAGCCCGGUAGCGGCCGAGAUCUCCGGGCCUUGGUCUGCGUCUGCCGGCUGGAAACUUCGCCAUGUUUGCGAGAGCAGCUGCUGCUCUGGCCUGACGGGCCUUGAAUCUCAGGGCGGUUCUUGACUUCUGUGGUUUUGGCAGCGUCAGCCUUACCGAGCGGGCUGUGUCUGAGAGACAUGGGAAAAUCACUUUCUCACCUGCCUAUGCACACAUGCAAGGAAGAUGGCUAUGAUGGAGGCACGGUGUCUGAUAAUAUGAGGAAUGGGUUAGUUCACUCAGAAUUGCACAACGAAGAUGGCAGAUGUGGAGAUGUAUCGCAGUUUCCCUAUGUGGAAUUUACAGGCAGAGACAGCGUCACCUGCCCAACUUGCCAGGGAACAGGAAGAAUUCCACGAGGUCAGGAAAAUCAGCUGGUAGCAUUAAUUCCAUACAGUGAUCAGAGACUGAGGCCAAGAAGAACAAAGCUCUACGUGACUGCUUCUGUAGUUGUAUGUUUACUGCUUUCUGGGCUGGCUGUAUUCUUCUUGUUUCCUCGCUCAAUCGAUGUUGAAUACAUUGGUGUGAAGUCGGUAUAUGUCAACUACGAACAGAGUAGGCGUAUAAUAUAUCUGAAUAUUACGAACACUCUAAAUAUAACAAACAACAACUAUUACUCUGUUGAAGUGGCAAAUAUCACAGCUCAAGUUCAGUUUUCAAAAACGGUUAUUGGCAAAGCACGGUUAAACAACAUCACCAACAUUGGUCCUCUGGAUAUGAAACAGAUUGACUAUAUGGUGCCCACAGUCAUACAAGAUGAAAUGAGCUACAUGUUUGACUUCUGUACUUUAGCAUCUAUCAAAGUGCAUAACAUAGUAGUGAUGAUGCAAGUGACAGUGACAACCUCUUACUUUGGCCACUCUGAGCAAAUAUCCCAGGAGAGAUACCAGUAUGUGGACUGUGGAGGAAAUACAACCUACCAGCUGGGCCAGUCAGAAUAUUUAAAUGUACUUCAACCUCCGCAAUAAAAGCACCUGUUGGUUAGUGUGGAAUUACUGCUGCUGAUGCUUGCAGAGAUCAUUUGAACAGGACUGGUACUACGUGAAGGGGAGGGUAUGUGCAUGUAAAGCCUAGCGAACGUGGUGGCCUGUUCACUUUGGUGGAAGGAGGGAAAACGUGCAAAAUGUAUAUAGAUGCACUUGUUAAAUGUUGUGUUUUCCCCUUCUGUUUGCUUUCUGUUCCUGUAAGGAGUUCUGUCAAGUUAUGCGGUGGCAGGGGGAAUAUCAGAUUCUUGAACUGAAUUGGGACCUUUCCUUACAGUGUGAUACAUCAACUUAAAGUAGCUGUGUGUAUGUCUGUAUUUAGGUGAAAUGUGUCACUAAUGAGUAUUUUAGAAAAAAUUGAUACUCAGUUUUAAGUUUAUACUUCAGUUCUUGCUAUUUUACUAUUGAAACUGGCAGUAUUACUACUUAAGUAACAAGAUUACUGAGUGUGAAACUUCUACUAGUAAACCAGUGGCGAUAGUUCUUUAUUUUGGGAUUCUACUUUUCAUUUGCUAUAUGUGAUUAGAGAUGACAUGCAGUCUGUGAAAGCCAGGAAAGCUCUGUUGGAAGACACUAUACUUGAAUGUGUAACUUUCAGAAUCUGGCAUCUUUUCAUUCUGUUCCCCCCGCUACUUUGGAGAUGGUAUACCGAGGAUAUGUAUAUUAGAUUGUUACAUUUAAAUUAAUUGUUAAAAUGUUAGAUUUAAAGUUGGGUUUAAAAACAAAACAAAACAAAGAAUAUCCCCAAGAAUCAUUACUGACAAAGGAAAAAAUCGAAGACUCUGGAAAAUGAAUGAGUAAAGACUUUGACAGUGUCACUUUACUUUGUUUUUAAGUAAAUUUCUGAGCACAGCUAUUAAAAUCGAGAUUCUGCAGUUGAAACUAGGUGGGAAACUGUUUGGUCAUGGGUUUGGGCAGGUUGCUGUAAUUUUUCAUCAUUUUUAUUGUUUUAAUAUACUAUGUAUCUAAGCCACUUGUAAGCAUUAAUAUGUUGGGGGAUGUAUAUUUAGUGCACAGGCUCAGUAAGCAAUGCAGUAUUUAUCUGAAUCUCCAGAGCACUCACAGUUCACAUCGAAGUUACAUGAGGAAGAAUAAAGCAAUUCUCGCUGUAGGAGUAAAUGCUGAUGUAAUCAUGAGAGUGACCUAUAACAAAGCUGUUAAAUAGUUUCAGUAGGCUAGUUUGCACUGUGAGAAUUUCUGGGGUUAUUAUCAAACAUGGUGAUUAUAAAUUUCGGAUCUAAAGUUGUCCAGAUUCUGAAGGCUGACCAUUGCAUGGGUUAGGUACAAAACUUUUAAUUAACUAGAUCAGGAUUGUUUUAUUUCAGAAACAGAUAAGAUGCAGCUGUAAGAAGGUACUAUUGAGACUAUUACAUUGUAACAAAAAAUAUAUUUUUUUUUAAAUAGAUUUUGCAGUUUUUAUGCUGCCCACCUCCUGGAAAUAAGCUAUAUAAAAUGAACUGACAAUAAACACUAUGGAAAAGGCUGCUGAGUAACUUAUUGCAUCUAACAAUCUGUUAUGAUCCAGUAUUUCAGUGAAGGUACACAUCUACAUUACUGUUUUCUUUUAUUGUCCUUCCUUAGGUAGACCUAAUUGGGUGGAUGGGCAAAGAAUAUCAAUGAUGUAAUACUGAUUUUGUAUGGUCACUUAAUAUAUUUUAGAAGCUCUCCUCUGAAUUGCUAUGAGCACUUAUUCAGAAUGUUUAAAAAAACUUGGAACCUGAACUGUCAGUUUCAUGUAAAUGUUGAUAAGAUGAUGUCAGCUUUUAGCUUUGGAGAACUUCUGGAACUGGAAUAAUCAAUUCUGAUGACUUACUGUAGUUACAUUCUGAAAAUUAUUCUGGAAUCUGGGCACUGAAAAGUAAACAUUCUUUAUUACAGCUUACAGUCAUAACAAAAACUAGUUCACAAGUGACUCUAAUCUUCCUAGAGUAUAGAUGAGGCUCAGUCCUGUGGCUAACAAUGCAUGCAGAAGCUUGUCUGAUAGACUGAGAAGACAGAGGUGAUAACUAAAGGCCAGGACAGUGGAGAGCUAGCUAGAAGCAGAGGGCUAUACUCUUCUAUAUUACCUGUUGUAGAAAGAUUUGUUUAUAUUGGAGAGCUGGGAGAGAAUUCUGGUUCAAAUCAUGUCAGAUCUGAAGUCUGCCAGCAAUGCUUUUAGACCCAAGCAUUUACACCCGGAGUAUUGGUUUUGUUUGUUUGGGUUUGCGGUGGUUUGCGUUUUUUAAAGUUUAAAAAAAACCAAAACAAACAAACAACACAGCUCUAGGUAGAUAUUUAUAUCAAUUUAAAACAAUUUUUUUCUUCAAAGUAUAAAAGGUGAUAUGAAAUAACUGGAAUGACACAAUGGCAGGAUUAUUUGGUGACAGUAGUGAAUGCUGCUUGAACAAGUAUGGCAGAGGGCAGGCUACACUGUUACACAGUCUUGAGACUCAUACUGACAUUUGACAGUUUAGCGGACAUGCUGAGCAAAAUAAGUAUUAAAUCUGUGGGUCUUAUAUUGCAUGAAAUGCUUGGCAUUGGCUAAUUUAAAAUAAAGAAUUAUGAGUGGAUUUGUUCUUUCCAUGUAUGUGAUGGAAGGAGGAAGAUCCAACUCUUAAUGUCUGUCAUCUGGGAUGUCUAAUGGAUGUAAACUUUAACACUAUCAAUUUGCAGUAGACUUACUGAAUGACUAAGAAUUCUCAUCUUAAAAAGUAAAGGGUGGGGUAAAGAUUCUGUUAGUGAACCCUCAAAUUAUGUUACAGGAGAAUCAAAGCCUUAAGGUUCCACAUGUGCUCAUAUGUCAUUGCAAAACUGUCAGCAUGUUACUAACCAAAUGAGACGAGUGUUUGAAUUUAACUACUGAUCUUAAUAUAGCAUCUUGUCUGAUAAGCAGGGAAGCAUCAGUUUGAAUACUUAACUUAGACUUGAUUUCUGUGGCUGAGCUUGGAAACAUGAUAAGGGAGCAAGGGAAGUCAGUACUAACUUGUAUAACUUCAUGAACAAGCUGUGGGAAUAGAUCCAAGUGAUGGACCUGUAAUUAUUUCAUUUUUUUUAAUCUUGAUUUUUAAAUAAAAAGGCAAGCCUUUCAGUUCACUGUAAAUAAGUACCAAUUCUCUCUAGAAGGUCAGCUUUGAAGAACUGUGAUUUUUCAAAAAAAUUUUUAUUUUAUUUUUUCCCCUUCUGUUUGUUUUCCUGUGUGUGAGGUGAUUUCUGAAGGACUUCUUGUGAAGUGAUUCAUAACUUGCAACUUCCCCCUAAUCUUCAAAUAUUCUCAGAUACAUAUAUAGUGGCAUGGUAGUAUUGUGUUUCAAGGGAUUUAUUUCUAGUAUAAUUCCUUUCACUUGAAUUCUUUGUAGCAAUUUCUGUACCAAAACCUGUUGCACUUUAAAAUGGAAGCUCUGUUAGUUAUCUCUUAAAACAGUGGUCCAGAUGUUGCACUUUAAUGGCACAACCGAAAAACAAAAAUUAAUGUCUUCUGUAUAGAAUAACUGUAAAAUUUGAAAAUUAUAACGAGGUAAAUUAAUAUGAACACUUAAAUGCAUGAAAAUGUUGGCUAUUUAGCCAACAUUCUGACCUGGAGAACAAAACUAUUUUAAAUAUGGUGCUUUAAAAAUAAAUUAAGCCACCAAGAAAACUCAAAGAUCUAACCAUCAAAUAUCUGUUUGAAGAGGUUUAAAGGGAAGUGCUCUUACUGAAGAUGUAGUACCUGACACUUACUCUUAAAUUCCUGGUGUGGGGAAAAGCCUGUAGAAGCUCAUUCAUAAUUUGUUUAUUCAUCUUGAUAUUUAGGGGUUAGUUGCUUAAUUCUUGAUCUUUUGUGAGGACAAGCAUAACUACCUUUGUGUGUGGAAUAGCUUUGAAGUUCUUAAUGCACUUCUGAUGUGUUCAUGAUCUUGGUAUUAAUGUUGUUGUUAUUUUCCAGCCUUAUGUUGGCAGACUUAACUACACGCUUUAGUUGACUUUGCUCCAAAUUGUCCUUGAAGUUCUUCAACUGAACAAAAUUUCUUAUGCUAGUACCUUGCAAAUGUGACUCUAGACUUCUUAGCAUGUGGUGGAUAAAGCCAACUGCUUAAGCGCUGAAUCUCUAAGUGCUUGGGUUAAUGUCGAGGUCUUUAACCAUCUGACUGAAGUGUUGUGCCCUUAUGAUGGGAAAGAUAGUGCUUGGAGUAGCAUGUGAAAGAUUUCUAGAUUCAGAAAAUGUUAAAGAGUAAUUUUUUAUUCAGUGUUUAAGGCUCCUUUUUUCUCGCUUCUUCUUUGGCAGGGGUGGUUAGUUUGGUUUUGCUUUUCUUCCCACAUCCCAAAUCUUAGUGGGACAGCUGUAUGUUCCCAGACAGCAUCUUCCAAAAUGGGUGACUUGUUUCAGAGCUGGGCAGCUGUGUGAAGCUUAACAUCAGGUGGAUUGGAGUUCAAGAGUUAAGAGAAAUUAGACUAGCAGUAAUAUGUCUGAGACCUAAAUUUUUUACUUGCCUGGUUAACAAAAUGCCACAACCUUAGCAAUGCUUCCAGGCUUAUUAUUACUUCUGAAAGGAAAGGGUAAGUAACGUAAGUACAACCAAUGUACUUCAAUAAUGGAAUACUGCAACCAGCAAAACAUUUGUUAGUGUUGGCCCUGAUCAUGCCAAAUAGUCUAGAUUGGUUUUUUUUUGGCUUCGGGCAUGGGGAGAAGGAUAAACUCAAGCCAAAACCCAACCAAAACAUGUUGAAAACAAUAAUUUGGUAUAGCAAAAACAACUAGUGUUUGUCUAUUUGAGAAGUCACCUUCUAUUUUACCUUUAGGUGGGGAAUUCUGGUCAUUACCAGAGGGGCAGUUUGGGGUAGUUUGUUCUGCUGUCCUACAGCUUUUUUCAUGUAAACCUGCUUUUCAGCCUGUAGCCAGUACUGUUGGACAGGAACAGUCGUCUGCAAGGAAUCUGCACAGCUGAAGUCAGUGUCAGGCCCUGCAGCGGAGUGUGAGACUGUUGGGUGGCAGUAACACGCUGAUCCUCUUACUGUCCUCUUCCACCACCCAUUCAAGGGUCUUAACAGCCUGGUGCAUGUGUCUUUAGGUACUCAAAUGGCUUUUGCUUUGUAUGGGCAGGGAUAUUUAGUGCCAGACCUGCAAGUGUAUUACUGUGCCUGAAUAUUUGGGGUCUGACUGUCACUUAUUUAGUUCCUUUUCUUGUUUUGUUUAAGGAAGCAAACUUAACCACUGUUAACAUCCACUGUACAGAGUGUGCAUAUAAUAGCUUGACAUAUGUAUAGAAAUACUAAUGAGUGAUAACUAUUUUUGUAACUUAAGAAUUGUAAACUGUUGUUCUUGUAGCUGUGUAGCAAACAAUCUAUCAGCUUAAGCAUGAUAAACACUAUGAGUCAAGGGGUAUUUGGGAAUGAUUUGUAGGAUAUAAACUAUCUUAAUAUAAGUUAACUGGGGCAAGGGGUCUUGUUAUUUAGAGGUUCAAAAUCUGGAGUUAACAUCAUUAUUAAUAUGUUUCUAGACAGGAUUGUUUGACUCGCAAUGAUAUUAAAUUUUCUAUUAAAAAAAGCUUGAGUCAUGCAUCUUGUUUUUCAAACUGACUCAAUUUUUGUUUCUUCCUUCCAUAUCUGUCACAAGUUUUCCCCCUAUCUCCCCAUACUUUUCCCCACACACUGUCAUGUAUUUUCAAUGGUAUGAUUUCAAUUUUUGUAACUAUCGGCAUUCUAUGAUGUAAAAACUUGGUGAUCUACUUUUUUUUAUAUAUAUUGUUUUAUUUUAAGUCUGUAAUAAACUGGAGUAUCUGAAAGCUAA